AGGCACUGGCGACACGGCGUGGAUGUCGGACCCGGUGGUCAGCUGCGUCGGCUGGACGGUGCUUCUCACCUCCGCCGUCAUCCUCCGGGUCGCGACGUGCAUGGAGGAGGGCGACACGCCCGAGGCCUUCCUGAAGGGCCUCGAGAGCAGGGUCGAGGAGGCCGCGGCCGGGCUGGUGGGCGGCACGCAGGGCGCGCCGCCCGUCGUCUGCCUCGGCGACAGCCUCACGCGCGGCAACCUGUCGGCGGAUUGGGUGGGCGCCCUGCGGGAGCAGCUGAUGGGCUGCCCGGUCGCCCAGCCCGCGGCGGUGCUGAACGCCGGCGUGAACAUGCAGUGCAUCGAGAACGUGAGGCAGCGCAUCAGCGAGGUCAUCGCCUGCAAGCCGAGCCACGUCACGGUCCUCGUGGGCACGAACGACCUGAAGGCGGAGCUGUCGCCUGUGGAGGGCCUGAUGUACCGCGUCUUCGGCAAGCUGCCGGAGGUUCCCUCGCUCGAGCGCUACGAGAGUUCGCUGCGCGAGAUCCGGGAGCAGCUGUUGGCCGCGGGCAUCGAGGUCGCCCUGGUCUCGCCGCCCGUGCUCGGGGAGGACCCGGGCUGCCGGGCGAACCUGCGCGCCGCCGAGUUCGCGGCGGCGGUGCGGCGGGUGGCGGCCGAGGGGGGCUGCACCUACCUGCCGCUCUUCGAGCAGACGUCCGCGCAGCUGCCCCCGGAGGGGGGCCGGGCCUACUGCGGCCUGAAUUUCUUUAUGUGGUGCUGCAUGCUCGCCUUCGACAUCCACGUCUUCCGGCGAGACCUCCGGGAGGUGCAGCGGGAGAGGAAGCUGGGCGUCACGCUGGACCUUGUGCACCUGGGCCCAGAGGCUGCCUCCGGACUCGCCGCGAUGGUCGCCGCGUUCGUGCGCGGGUCUGGCAGCGACGGUCGCCUGAUGGCGCUGGCAAGGUAGGGCCUCUCUCGGCCCCCCGCCCCCCCCCUCCCCCAUCCACAG